AUGGCCAGCACGUUAAGCCCCAGCACCAUGACUGGGACCCUGGGUCCUCCUGAGAUGUCAGAGCGCAUCCAAAAUGCUGCUGACAUCUCUGUCAUUGUCAUCUAUUUCAUGGUGGUGAUGGCUGUCGGGCUGUGGGCAAUGCUGAAGACCAACCGGGGCACUGUUGGAGGCUUCUUCUUGGCUGGUCGAGAUAUGACCUGGUGGCCGAUGGGCGCCUCUCUCUUCGCCAGUAAUAUCGGCAGUGGCCACUUUGUGGGGCUGGCUGGGACGGGAGCAGCUUCAGGAAUCGCCACUGCAACAUUUGAAUGGAAUGCUUUGCUGCUGUUGCUGGUUCUAGGAUGGUUCUUUGUCCCCAUAUACAUCAAGGCAGGGGUGAUGACUAUGCCAGAAUAUCUGAGGAAGAGGUUUGGUGGGAAGCGACUCCAGAUCUACCUCUCUGUCCUCUCCCUCUUCAUCUGUGUGGCUCUGAGAAUCUCAUCAGACAUAUUUUCUGGAGCCAUAUUCAUCAAGCUGGCCUUGGGAUUGGACCUUUACCUGGCAAUCUUCAUCCUCUUGGCUAUAACUGCUAUUUACACGAUCACUGGGGGCUUGGCCUCAGUUAUUUACACAGACACCCUCCAGACCAUCAUCAUGCUGAUCGGUUCCUUUAUUCUCAUGGGGUAUGCAUUUGCUAAAGUGGGAGGCUAUGAGAGUUUUACAGAGAAGUACAUGAAUGCCAUCCCAUCCAUAGUUGAGGGGGACAACCUGACAAUCAAUCCCAAGUGCUACACUCCUCAGGCUGACUCCUUUCACAUCUUCCGAGAUGCUGUCACUGGAGAUAUUCCAUGGCCAGGAAUGAUAUUUGGAAUGACCAUUGUUGCUGUGUGGUACUGGUGCACAGAUCAGGUUAUUGUGCAGCGCUGCCUAUCAGGCAAGAACAUGUCUCAUGUGAAAGCUGCCUGCAUCAUGUGUGGGUACCUGAAGCUGCUGCCCAUGUUCCUCAUGGUAAUGCCAGGAAUGAUCAGCCGCAUCCUAUACACAGAGAAGGUGGCCUGUGUUGUACCUUCUGAAUGUGUGAAACAUUGUGGCAUUGAAGUCGGUUGUACUAACUAUGCCUACCCAGUGAUGGUGCUGGAACUGAUGCCUGAUGGACUGCGAGGUCUGAUGCUGUCAGUCAUGUUGGCCUCUCUCAUGAGCUCCAUGACCUCCAUCUUCAACAGUGCUAGCACCCUCUUUACCAUGGACCUGUACACCAAGAUUAGGAAACAGGCAUCAGAGAAAGAGCUUCUUAUAACAGGACGGCUAUUUAUCAUUCUAUUAAUUGCCAUCAGCAUUUUGUGGGUCCCAUUAGUGCAGGUAUCUCAAAAUGGACAACUAUUCCAUUAUAUAGAAUCAAUUUCUAGCUACCUUGGGCCUCCAAUUGCGGCUGUCUUCCUGCUUGCCAUCUUCUGUAAAAGAGUCAAUGAACAGGGAGCCUUCUGGGGUCUAGUCAUUGGACUUGUGAUUGGCCUUAUUCGCAUGAUUGCAGAGUUUGCCUAUGGAACAGGAAGUUGCUUGGCUGCCAGUGACUGUCCCAAGGUCAUCUGUGGAGUGCACUAUCUGUACUUUGCCAUCAUCCUCUUUUUUGUUUCCAUACUAGUUGUCCUGGGAAUUUCCCUGUUAACAAAACCCAUUCCUGAUGUACAUCUGUAUCGUCUGUGCUGGGCUCUUCGGAAUAGUACAGAGGAACGAAUUGAUUUAGAUGCAGAAGAGAAAAGACAUGAGGAAGUUGAUAAUGAUGUUGAUGAAGAUAAUCCUGAGGAACCUCAUGGAUGUCUCAAGAAGGCUUAUGACUUAUUCUGUGGUUUGCAGAAGAAAAGCCCCAAGUUGAGCAGAGAGGAGGAAGAAGCCCAGAAAAAGAAGUUGACAGACACAUCUGAGAAGCCUUUAUGGAGGGCUAUAGUGAAUGUCAAUGCCAUUCUUCUCCUGGCAGUGGCUGUCUUUGUCCAUGGGUAUUUUGCCUGAACUCUAUCUAAGCCACUAAAUAUUUAUUAAGCAAAGGAUAAUUUUAUUGAUUUUUUCACUUUUAGAGUUUGUUGUGUUUCAGAAGGGAGAUAAUUUCAAAAGGGAUGAAGCAGUGGGUAAUUUUAUCAUAUGAGAUGACUAGACUAUAGACCUGAUUUUUAGUUUUUGUUGUUCUUUUAUGUCAAUUAAAAAAAGAGUUGAUAAUUUAGAAAGCCAGGGAGCUGACUCUAUAUUUUUGUGUAAACUAGAAGCAUUGUGUCUAAAUUUUUUUAUAGCUCACCAGGUAGAUUUCCCUACCUUACAUUUGCUUUCUAUUCCCGAGAUUUCCAUGUAGAAGGAAUGCCUCUCCCAACUCUGCCUCACAUAGUAACCUCCUCAUCUAUAAAACAGUGACCUUUUCCUCUCAACUUCACUUCACUGACCUCAAGGAAAAUAGGAAUAUUUCCUAAGAGUUGAGGGGAGGUGAGCUAGAAAUGUCUGUUGUAAAUAUUUUUAUGAAUUUACUGGAAAUUAUUACUUUAUGUCUUAAAUAAAACCAUUCCAGUAAAUGUUAGCAUAUUAAGCCAUUGAUUUCUUAAGCUACUUUAUAAAAAUGUAAUUCACAUACCAUAAAAUGCACCUACUUACAGUGUACAAUUCAGUGUAUUUUAGAAUAUUCACAGUUGUUCAACAAUUACCACAAUCUGAUUUCAUAUACUAACAUUAAUUUGUUUAUUGACAUUGUUAUUUGGGAAUAUAUAUUUCUCUGUAUUUCUGUGUUAUUUUGACAUUCUGAAUGACAGUUAUCUUUUUGUAGGAUUAUAUGUAGUUUUAAAACACAUCUUUUUAGAAGUAAAUCAGCACAUGAAAAUGUUUUUUAAAAAUUGCGUAAGAAACAUCUAUCAUAGGUUUGAGUGGAAGAGAGCCAAAGCAUAAGAGACUUAAAAACUGAGAACAA